AUGACUCGUGCGACACUUCCGACGUACGGCGACUCAUCCGACGAUGCCAGCAAGCUACUUCAUUUCUCCCGGCACUUGAACUUUUCUGGUGACCAGACGAAACAAUUCAAGGAGAUCGAAGGCGAGCUGGUCAGCAAAAUCAGAGCAAAAGACACGGGAUAUCUGUGGUUCUCAGAUAUCACCGAAGCCACAUUCUACCAACUUCAGGACGGAACCUCACGAAGCACUAGGCGCCUCCACUACUUCUACAAUUUCGACGAGCGCAAGCUCCGCGUCCGGAUGCCCUCAAAAGCUCACGACAGUCUUGCUGUCCAGCUUUCCUACCUGAUCUCCGAUAAGCUGAGAUCGGCGGGCCUACUCAACACUACUUGUGUACCGAACCUCUCACCCUCAAUAAGACUUGGUAACACUGCUGCUCAGCCAGAUGGAUGCUGGGGCCCCUUAAAUAGCGAGGACGUCACAGUUGGCAUUGAGGUUGGAAAUUCCGAAAGCGAACAUGAACUCGAGCAUGACGCUCGACAUUGGAUCGGACAUGCCGAAUCAUCCUUCCAGAUCUGCCUCACUGUCAAGCUCACCAAAGAUCCCGAUAUGAUUACACUUUCCGUCUGGCGGCCACAGCGGCCACAAAACCACAUUUAUUCCGGCCCACAGCUCCGCAGAAGACAUGUUUUCGCGGCCAUCACCGAUAGAGCAACUAUUACUCGGGGCCGUCCAGAUCCUGUGGUCCGAUUUGAAAGUCUUACAUCGCCCACCUUCACUCCAACUGAGAUCCGACUUCCUGUAGCGGCUUUCACUGGGUACCAGCUUCCGCCUGGUGUUUAUGUCAAUUUUGGAGAUAGUAUUGUCCUGACAGGAGAAGACUUGAUAGGGUUUGGGAGACUCCACUGGAUUCUGGCAAAUGGUUACUGA